GGAGAGUAGUACAAUUCUGUUCUUUUAGCGUUUUCCCUUUUUCCGUUUCUUUCUACAGAUAGAGAGAUAGAUAGACUAUGAAGAAGAAGAAGAAGUCCCCUCACACAUGACGACGACGACGACGACGUUGUUUCACCUCUCCGCCCUCUUCUCCUUCCUCGCUGCCCUCUGCUUCUCCCCCCCGCCCCCCGCCCACGCUCUCGCCGGAUCCUCCUCCGCCGCCCUCGCCGUCGUCUACGGCUCUUCCAUCACUAUCUGCACCAUCCUCGCCGACCGCCCUGUCCGGGAGAUUCAAUGCUGGCGGAACGGCCAGCUCCUCCCGCCUAUCCUUCCCAUCAUCUCCUUCGACUACCUCGCCGGCGGUCGCGACACUCUCUGCGCCGUUCGCUCCGGCGGAUUUCGCCUCCUUUGCUGGGACACCAACCUCCUCCGCCCUAAGAGAAUCUACAACGACACUUCUGCUCCGCUAAUUUCGCUUUCCAUUGGGGACACGCAGAUUUGUGCACUCAGAAACGUCCCCGCCGGAAAUGCUGUCUGCUGGCGACAAAAUCCUUCCUCGCGUCCGAUUCCGGCGCCGCGGACCUCUCGAUUCCGCUCGGUUUCCACCGGAUUGGGAUUCUCCUGCGGAAUCCUCGAAAACGCGACGGUUUCGUGCUGGGGAGAUUAUGCAAUUUCCGAUUUGAUACAGUCGGCGUUCUCCGGCCACUCCAUGGCUGUGAUUCAACUCGGCGGACGAUUCGCCUGCGGAAUCAACACCGCCGGAUUCGUAAUCUGCAGAGGCAGCAACACCACCGGACAACUCAACAUACCUUCGAACAAUCAGUACGAAUACCUAGGGCUCGCAGCCGGAGCCGACCACAUCUGCGCAAUCAAGCGCCUCAACCGCACCGUCGUGUGCUGGGGCGGCAACGGUGAGCAUUCCAACAACAUUACCGAUGGAGUUUCGUUUGAAUCAGUUGUUGCAGGAUUGGAUUUCACUUGUGGCUUGAUUACGAGCAAUUUGACAGUGAUGUGUUGGGGACCUGGUUGGCCUAAUCACUACCGCGCCGCCGGAGCUACUCUGCCAUUGCAGAAGACUCUCCCCGGACCUUGCAUCGCCGCCAUCUGCCGCUGCCGUUUGUAUCCUCAAUCUCAGCUCCUCUGUUCCAACAAUGGCCAUAUUUGUACCUCUUGUGAUGAACUACCCCCUGUUAAACCAAAUCCUCCUCCUCCGUCGCCGCCGGCGGCGGCCGCGCCUUCUAGAAGGCUCCGGCGAGGUUUGCUUGCAUUUGCUGUUAUAGGAUCCGUUGGUGGUUUGGCCGGGAUUUGUACAGUAAUCUAUUGUUUGUGGAGCGGCGUUUGUUCGGGGAAGAAGAAGGUUCAUAAUUCAGUGCAGCCGAGGAUUACGGCGCCGGCGGCAACGACCGGUAGCCCUCUCCGGCGGCAGGGGUCGUUGCCGAUGAGGCGGCAGAGGAGCGGUACGUCGGGGAAGCACGCGGACAGGGCUGAGGUGUUUUUAUUCUCGGACCUUGCCGCAGCGACGAACGGGUUCUCGACGGAGAACCGGAUCGGGUCUGGGAGCUUCGGGAUCGUGUACCGCGGGAAGCUCCCGAACGGGCGCGAAGUCGCGAUUAAGCGAAGUGACACCGGCCCGAAGACUCGGAGGUUUCAGGAGAAGGAAAGCGCGUUCGAGUCGGAGCUCGCGUUCCUCUCCCGGCUUCACCAUAAGCAUUUGGUCGGAUUAGUCGGGUACUGCGAGGAGCGCGACGAGCGGCUGCUGGUCUACGAGUACAUGAAGAACGGCGCGCUCUACGACCAUUUGCACGACCGGAGCAGCAGCAGCGUCGUGAAUUCGUGGAAAAUACGGAUCAAAAUCGCGCUCGACGCUGCGCGGGGGAUCGAGUACCUCCACACAUACGCGGUCCCGCCGAUAAUCCAUCGCGACAUAAAGUCCUCGAACAUAUUGCUCGACGGAAAUUGGACGGCGAGGGUCUCCGAUUUCGGGCUUUCGUUGAUGGAGGACAACAGUGGCGCGAAUGAUAUUUCCGAGUACAAGCCCGGCAAGGCUGCCGGCACCGUCGGGUAUAUCGACCCCGAGUAUUACGGUUUGAACGUUUUGACGGCGAAGAGCGAUGUGUACGGUCUUGGAGUUGUGUUGUUGGAGCUUCUGACGGGGAAGAGGGCGAUAUUCAAGAGCGGCGAGAGCGGGAGCGGUUUGCCGAUUAGCGUGGUCGAUUAUGCGGUUCCGGCAAUAAUGGCAGGAGAGGUGUCACGGAUUUUGGACCGCCGGGUGGGACGGCCGGAGGAGGUUGGGGAAUCGGAGGCGGUCGAAUUGGUGGCGUACACGGCGAUGCAUUGUGUGCAUUUGGAAGGGAAGGAUAGGCCGACGAUGAGCGACGUCGUGGCGAACUUGGAACGGGCGUUGGCGCUGUGCGACGGCGGCGGCGCCGCCGGAGAUGACUAUGGAAGUGUGUCGAGUGGCCGGAACUCCAUUGUUGUUUCGGAUUGAGGAAUUGGACAAAGGAUCAUGUUGAGGUAUUCUUUUUACAGAUUAUUAUUAUUAUUUGGAUAUAUAUAUAUAUAAUUUUAAUUUAAUUUUUUGUGCGAUGAACGUCAGUGUGUUUGUCUACAUGUUAUGACGAUGUCGCGUUCUAACAUUUUGGGCUCGAACUUGCCUAAUGACGGAAUUUAUAUUUAAAUAAAAGAAUUUACAAAAAACUUAAUAUAAGACGAAAUCCAAAAAGUGAAGCCGAGAAGGAUUCCUUAUCUACGUAAGUUGCCACGGUUGAUGCAAGCGAACAGCUCGGAGCAAAAGGACAUGAGCUCAAUGGAAACAAUUGCACAGCCCUUUUGAGGAU